AAGCAGGACAUUGUCUCAAGACAAAUGUGUGUCACGUUACAAAUCGUUCAUUGUUCGGUAUGAUAUGUGAGGUGUUGUUUUACUGUCUAAUUCUAACAGGGAGAGCAAGGACAACAGCUUACUGUAAAGCGUUAAAGAGCCUCACCCAAAGUGAGGUACAGUUUGCCCAAAGGGAAGAGGCCAAUGACAUCCACGGGGAGGUACCAGCACCUUCAACGCGUCAUAGAGCUUCUAAAAGAGCACCAAGCGAAAGCGAGACCAGACUGAGACCGAAAAAGAGAAGGAUGUUGCAACUCAGUCAGAUCCACAGGAGGAACCGUUUUGGAGAGACAAAAGUGCAUGAAGCAGUGUUGAAUGGGAACGAGCAAGAAGUCAGAGACAUGAUCCAGUUGGGGGCCUCCGUCAACAUCCCUGAUUAUGCAGGUUGGACUCCUCUUCACGAAGCUGUGCUCACAAAACAAGUGACCAUAAUGAAACACUUACUCAGAGGAGGAGCCGUGGUCAAUUGCUCUGCCCACAAUGGAGACACUCCACUACACGACGCUGCAGGCCUUGGAGACUAUCAGAUGGCUAAUCUGCUUCUAAAACAUGGCGCUGACCCACUGCUGAAAAAUGCUCUGGGAAUGGCACCCGUAGACGUGGUGACAAAUACAUCUGUUGCAAAACUGCUGGAAAACGUUUUGCCCCAAAGCGAAAAGGGACAACUGUUAGGUGAGAAUUUUUUUUUCCAUGCUGACACCUUUUGAGGAAAC